AUGAGAGGCGAGGUCUGCCAUCUUCAUAUCGGCCAGGCCGGUACCCAGCUCGGUAACAGUGCUUGGGAAUUGUAUCUUCUCGAACAUGGAUUGAAGGCAGAUGGUCGUCCGGACCCUGAAGCUGCCGAUAUUGGCGAGCCUGGCUCCUUCGAGACUUUCUUCACCGAGACUGGCAGUGGCAAAUACGUUCCUCGAUCUAUUUUCGUAGAUCUGGACCCUUCCCCCAUUGAUGAGAUCCGCACUGGUCAAUACCGACAGCUUUUCCACCCUGAGAUGUUAAUCAGCGGCAAGGAAGAUGCUGCUAACAACUACGCCCGUGGACACUAUACAAUUGGAAAAGAACUCGUUGAUAACGUUAUUGACCGCAUCCGUCGCGUUGCCGAUAACUGCUCCUCCCUCCAAGGCUUCUUGAUCUUCCAUUCUUUUGGUGGUGGUACUGGCUCUGGUUUUGGUGCUCUGCUUUUGGAACGCCUCUCGACCGACUAUGGCAAGAAAUCCAAACUUGAAUUUGCCGUUUACCCCGCCCCUCGUGUCUCAACGGCUGUUGUUGAACCUUACAAUGCUGUCCUCUCGACACACAGCACCAUUGAAAACUCAGACUGCACCUUCCUUGUUGAUAAUGAAGCCGUCUAUGACAUCUGCCACCGCAACCUGGAUAUUCCACGCCCUGGCUACGAGCAUCUCAACCGUCUGAUUGCCCAAGUUGUCAGCUCCAUCACCUCAAGCUUGCGUUUUGACGGUGCUUUGAAUGUGGAUUUGAACGAGUUCCAAACUAACUUGGUCCCUUACCCUCGUAUUCACUAUCCUCUGAUCAGUUACGCUCCAGUUGUAUCUAGCAACCGCAGCUCGCAUGAAAGCUUCAAGGUUCAUGAUUUGACGUUCCAAUGCUUCGAACCAAACAACCAAAUGGUUGUUUGCGACCCACGAAACGGAAAAUACAUGGCCGUUGCUCUUCUCUACCGUGGUGAUGUGGUUCCUCGCGACUGCACGGCUGCUGUGGCUUCACUCAAAGCGAAAAAUUCUUUCAACUUGGUUGAGUGGUGCCCUACUGGAUUUAAACUCGGUAUUAACUAUCAAAAACCAAUGCGUGUUCCAGGCGGCGAGCUUGCACCUGUUGAUCGAUCCGUCAGCAUGCUCUCAAAUACAACCGCUAUUGCGGAAGCCUGGAGCCGUCUUGAUCAUAAGUUUGAUCUCAUGUACUCGAAGCGUGCUUUCGUUCAUUGGUAUGUUGGUGAGGGUAUGGAAGAAGGUGAAUUCUCUGAGGCUCGUGAAGAUCUUGCCGCUUUGGAGAAGGAUUACGAAGAAGUUGCCAGUGACAGUUUGGAGGCUGAAGGUGAUGAGGGUGCUGAGUAUUAG